UCGUUUAUUUCCACUUUGUACGCUCGAUCUCUCACUUUAUUUACUCCUUCAUCUCUGUAUCGAAAACCUAGCUCCGCAUUCCUUCCGCACCAAGUCCUCAUCACACUCGUCGCAUCCAGUAUCAAGAUAGAUUGCCUAAGCGUUGGUCGUGAGAUGACAGAGGACUGGCUAUCAAAACGCGGUCAAUAUGACUUCGUACCUUCUACGGGUGAACCAUAUCAUAGAGUCCUAGAACUUUAUUGCUUGCAUGUCUUACCUCGUUUGGGCGAGUGGGAGUACGUCAAAGAAUUUCUGUCCUACGAGAAUGAACUCUCGUCUGACGAAAAACGCGUGAGUUUAAUUUCAUGA